AUGCGACUAGAGCCACAACGCCAUUGGGACGAAAGCAAGUAUUGCAUUGUUGAAGGCUGCAUUAGUCGAGCCAAGCACGCACGGCGGUGCUGGAAGCAUGGCGGUUCGAUUGAAUGCAAGGUGGUUGGUUGUCGAAAUCGCGCCAAGACCAAAGGGGUCUGCUGGUCCCAUGGCGGUGGAACCAUCUGUAGCGCGGAUCAAUGCACAACCGUUUCUGUCUCGAAUGGUGUGUGCUGGGCUCACGGUGGGGGAAAGCGCUGCGUCACGCCCGGUUGCGCUCGACCCGCCUACCAACGGACCAGGAACAUGUGCUCCAUGCACUUCAACGCAGGAUUAUCGAGCAAUGUUUCAGCCUCUUAGAUCGACGGAACAGGGCCACCUCUCCUUUUCCUUCUUUUUUUACCAGCCAGAUGUAGCAGGUGUGUCUUAAAAUGAAUACUUUCCGCCAGCUUCUA